AUGACGUCGGCGGCCGGCGUCAUUCAUGUGUUUGAACCGGCACGCUUUGAGUCUCUGUAUGAUAUAAUUCAUACUGUAUCAGCCGUGCCGGAUGCUUGUGAUCACGACUGGUACCUGGCUGUCGAGCGCAACAAGCAUGCACUGUCACACCUUGGCCGCGUGCAAGGGCCAAAUGACGCAGAGCGCCGCGAUAUAUCGAAAGGCGUGAUUAUGGUCAAUGGAAAGGAAAAGUCGUUGAAUGCAGACUUUGUCGCACAGACGCUGCUGCUCUCUGACGAGCUGCAGGUAUCCGAGGGCUACGCAGCAUCUCUCCUACAAGAAGGCAUCGCUGCACGGGCGCGAUGGGGCCGCGCACCAUCGGAGGUCGCGUGUCUCUUAUACUACCGCGAGCGUCUUGCGCUGCUUGCGUGCGUAAAAGAGCUUGCACGUGGCACGUAUACCCUAUGUGUCGGUGGCGACUUGCGUACGGGGAUUCGGAUGGGCCGGGUUCUCGACGAUGUCUUGCAGGACGGCGCCUUUCUCGAAAACGUCCUCAAAGAGCUAGAUACGCUGCGUUCGGAACGCGAACGCGUGAAAGCAUCGAUGCAAAAAGCACGUACCACGAACGCGAGUCUGAGCGAUGAGGUUCAGAUGGAACGCUUUGCGUGGAUUCAUCAAGCGGAACAGGAACUUUGUCACGUUGUCUACUUACUUGCUCUUGCGCGCCGUCUUGGUCCGAGUGCGAUCGAGGCAUUGCUCACGUACUUGGCGAAAUGCACAGUGCCUACACCGACGGCACAGGGACCUACGGCGCCCUCAACCAGCUUGUGCCUCAUGACGGCCAUACUGGCUGUGCUAGAUACGGUGCCAGAUGAAGCAGGAGAGUGGCUUGCGCAGCAUAGCGCUGCGCCCCUUUGCACGGCCGAGGCACUGCGCAAUGAUGCGCGUUGCCUCGAAUCGAUUUGGCGGAUUGUCUCGACUGGCGCAUGGGCCACGCCGGGGAUCCAACAUGUGGUGCAGCUUCAAUUGGCUGUGUUUCUCACGGAGGCAUUUGCGACACACACGUCUCUUUCGCCUGCGCUGGGCCAGUCAACUGACGACGUACAAGCACUGGCCAUGCGUGCCAUCACCUCGGACCAUGAUGCCUCUGCCUUGCUCUUUUUGCUAUUGCGUGUUCUCUCCUUCCGACGCGGCUCUGAUGACGAUAUCGACGUGGAAGAUCUGGGCCCCGUCUCGAUUGACCCCGAGUUCCAAGAGUAUGUUCUGCAGCAAGUGGAACAUCUCAUGCGGGGCUUGACGUCAACGUGCUUCCCACUCUUACGCAAGAUGCAGCGCUCCGAAGAAGACGCGGCUAUUUCGACUCUGCGCGCUUCUCGGCCAGGCAGCGGUGUGGCGUCUUCGACGCGGCGCUACGACAUUGAAGCUUUGUUUGACUUGAUGGCACUGCUGUGCCGAGGUCGGCCUGAAUCAGGCCUACCGUUCUGGCAGGGCCCUGACCGGCGCAUUUCGCGCUUCCUCUUGUGGGCCGUCGAUACUCGCGAGCUUGGACAGCAGCGUGCCCUGCUCGGCAUGCUCGCCUCCCUCGCGGAAGGUGAGCAGUGUGCCGUUUAUGCCCAUGCUCUCCUUGAGCACGAAGCAGCUGCUCCUACGGGUAGUGAGCGCCGCCUCGUGACAUGGUCGCACCUAUUCGACUGGGUAGCCCAUUAUAUCGAAGCAUUUCAGCGGCACACGGUGGCUGUGAUGCCUCCUGAGGAAAUGCUACUUCUCCGUGGCUUUCUUGGCGUGCUUGCGACGGUCGUUCGAUACAGUCCUGCCACACGCGACGCGCUAUUCUCUCAUAAGGCCUAUGCACCAUUAGAACGCCUAUUUGCGCUGUAUGCGUGCGCUGUUCCUAUGGAUCUCAAGGCAGCUCUCCUGCGUGCUAUGGCAGCAUUUGCCACUCAGACGGGCACGGGAGCGUCGCCACGUAUUUUGAGUGCAUUGUGGGACAAUCUGGAUCAGAGUGGUGCCAUUCGCAGCGUACGUGGCGAGCCUCCGCGGGCCCUGUAUGAGCUAGAACACAUCGAGUGCGUUCACGGCCGCUAUCCAGGCACCCAUGCCCUUGUUUCUUUCCUGAGUGCCAUUCUACCCCAUGUCGCCCCCGUGUCGAAUGCUGCGACUCUUGUCGCACAUAUGCAAGACACACUUUCGCUUACGGCGCCCAUGCUAGCGUCUCGUAAGUCGUCGGCUCACGCCGUGUCGUACGUCACAUUUGUGCUGGAUCAUGUCCUGCUUCCUGCCUCUACACGGACGUAUGUACGUCCAGCCGAGCGCUGGUCUCUCUCUGCCGCCUGCCUUGAGUUCGCCGAGCAAUGCCUCGCUACGCUGCCCGUAGCGCCGCUUGAUUCGACGCACCCAGGCUUCGACGUGCUGCGCCGAUUGCUGAGUGGCACGCCUUUUUUGCAAGAGAUCUUCUUUUUCGUGCAUCCCGACCCAUCUUGCGCUGGCUAUGAAGUCAUCAAUUUCAACAUGGCGCAGACGCCGGACUAUGUCCGCGUCGUGCGUGCCGCGUUGCGUAUCCUGCUACAUGUGCUGGACCUCCAGAACGAUGUGUUGCAUGUGCUUCCAUUGACGCACGAUGCCGCCCUCAAGGAUCGAGCGCUGUUUCUCCCGCUGGACGCUCACCUGUUACACGCCCAUCAGAUUGUCGUGCAGGUGGCGCUCUAUGUGCACUGUGUUGACGCCGAGGCUGCAUGGCUCGCUGUGCGUCUGUUGCGUGCCCUGGCGCGCACAUCAACGUUCCAGGCCACGGACGCAUUUGGCCCACUGCGUGCGCGUACAUCGUGCAACCGCCUUGUGGGUCUUCUCGACAUGACGGGUGAGACGUCUCGUGUCAUCAGCGGCGUGCUUGCAUGGCUUGAAGCGGACAGCGACGAUGGAGAAGAUGCUGGUGCCUCGCCUGCCAAGAUCCAGCGCGAGCUGCUGGAUCUGUUCCUCGACCAGCUUGCUCCUGAUGCGCCUGCUCCGAAUGUGGCGCACCUGCUCUUGGGCUUUGAUAUGAACGCCCCCGAAUCGGAUCGCCUAGUGCAAGGUUCACGUGAUGCUUUACUUCACACGCUCGUCAAGCGUGUCACACCGCCCAGCACAUGGACGCCUGCUCUGGCUGAGCGGUGCUAUGCGGUGCUGCACCGCGCCUGCCUUCACCCUUACACGAGUGCUUCGAUGCUGCGAUUUCUCCGAAUGCACGACUUUUGUGCCGUGCAGCUACGGGCUCUGCCGCUCACUCCCAUGACCGUCCCUGAUCAGGGCACUCUCGUGUACGGCGCGACGGGCGAGGCCAUCUCGACGAGCCCUGAGUGGGCGCUUGCGCUUUUGCACACGCAUGCGCACAUGCUCUCGCUUGUGGCGCUAGAACUUCAUACCCUGGCAGUGCAUGAUCAAUUGCCUCGUGCUGCGCCGCUCCUGGCCAUUCUGCUAGGCGAGCCCACGAAGCCAGAGUAUGGUGACGUUCGUGGUCGGUGGCGCUCAUUGCUGGAUGCCACAGAUGUGACGUGGAUGGAUGAACACGAAGCACACAACCCCAAGCUGGCUGCGCGCCUUUCUCCUGCGCUUGUCCAAGAUCCUAUCAUGGCCGCGUCGCGUGCGUACGACAUCCAUGCGGUGGCUUCGCUGCUUCUCGAGGAACGUGGCACACAAGAUCAUGCCGUCUGGCUCGAUCAAGCGCGCCUCGUGCUUCUUUGGGCGGCGUCGCAAAACACGCGCAAGGCACUCGCGCAUGCCAGGCAGGAAGCAUGCGCCGCAUGGCGGCAAGUGCUUGACGUGCUCGUGUGUGAUGUGCUGGGCACCACCGUGCGUGUGGAUGUGCGGAUGCCUUUUCUUUUGGACUGUGUCUCGGCCCUACUUCCGCGCUUGAAUGAGACGGAUGAAACCACGGUGCCUAGUAUGGCCGCCAGUACGAUUCUUUCCCUCCUGCAUGCCGUCAGAGCAUGCGAGGACCAGAGCGACGCAGAUCUUGGCAUGAUCGGGCCGGACCGUCUCGUGGAUACGGUGCGUGCUAUUCUGCAUGUGGUGUGUGCUGCUGGCAGUCUGACCAGUGCUUCGAUGCGUUAUGAUCUGUACCUGAGCGUCGUAUGUGCUGUGCAAAUGGUGCUUCGCACGUCGGCAGCACCGCGCAUGCACUCGCUUCUUGUCGCGCACGCCGAUAACCUUGUGCAUGUACUGGCCCGCGACGCGUUGGACGGCUCAGAUGUUAUGCAGACCGUCGCACUUACAACCUUGAGUCACUUGGUGGCAUGGGAUGCGACCAAAGGCACUGCCUCGAUGCGUGUGGGCGAGCGACUCGCGUCGGCCGGGUACAUGAAGAGCCUUGUUUUGCGUAUUCAGGAGCUCGAUAUGCCACUACAAGCCACGCUUGUGCCAGAUCCUCCUUCGCUCAAUGCCUUGUAUGUGUAUGAGGCGCUGCUCACCCUGUUGGGCCGACUUGCACACAGUCGUGCGUCGCUGCUGAUGGACGCACGCAUUGUGGAUGUCCUUGCACGCGUCGACUUCCCAUCUCUUCGGCCAGAACACACGCUCGAUGACACGGACGGGUUCCUUCCGCCUGUGGCAGAGCGGUACGCCAGCUUAUUGACGCCGCUGCUGCAGCUGCUUGCGGCGAUCCUCGCAUCGAUGCCGCAUGCGCACAACAGCGUGCACGCUCUGUUGCUGGCUCACCAGGAUGCUCUUCUUGCGACACUACACGCCGCCACACAGGCGUCGCCGGGCAUCAGUGACGUGGAACAAGCAGCUCUGCUUGUACAGAUCCUUACCUUUGUGACACCUCCAUCGCCGUUCCACGCUGCGUGCCUCGCACUGGCAGCCACGUACCUCGUACCAAAUGCGCACGAUCUACUUCGACCACUCACACCCACUGAACGCGAAGAUGCUUCGAUGCUUGCUCUCACAUACAAUGGGCUGGUACAAACGGCAGCAGACACGCGCCUGACCUUGUUUGAAUCCAACGCCCGUCGCGCCGUCGAUCACUUGGCUCGUGCAUUGGUUCAGUACAUGGAGCAGACCAGCAGCGAAGGCGACGCUCGCGCCAUCCUCGUCCCAUCUAUGCACGUCGCUCGAGUAUCAGACCACGCAUCGUCUGCUGCGCGCGUUGUGGCUGCACCGUCUCUUGGCGUGGCUAUUGCGGCGCUGGGCGAUCAAUGCACGUCCCUCACCUUGGCGAUAUCGAGUCUUGAGCGCGUGGAAUCUUACCGCCGUGAUCCUGACGCUGUGCAUGCGGACGAAUGGGCAGAUCUCGCGCAGGAAGCAGGCCUCAUGUCGUCAUCGUCGGUCCUCUCAAUGCAGUACCGUGCCACGUGUAUCAAGGCGCUGGAACGUGUGUCAAGGGAUCUGGUUGCUACGGUCGAGGCCAAGCUCGAUAUGGUGGAGCGAUGGCUCGUGCUCCUUGUGCGGCAUCUUGAUCUUUUCAUGCACAUGAGUACGGCACGCGCAUCGUUCAGUACCGACGCGCUACGCUCUGGCGCACGAGCUAUGCUCAUGCCCAUUCUGGAGGAGCGUCUUGCCUAUCUGUCUGUACCAGCCCACAUCGUGCCGUCUGCGGACGACCAUGCUACUUUCCUUCAAAUGGGCGCCCGUCGCAUUGCAGAGGAGCUGCUCGACACCACAUUGCUUCCAGCAUCAUAG